AUGAUGAGUCCAGGGCUCCUGCUGAAGCCCUGGUGGGGAGGGGCACAGAGCGAGAUGGGGCGUAAUGGAAUGCUUGAAGGCUGCUCCGUGAUGUCGGUCGGAGCUUCCAGACUAGGCGAGGGCAGGGUGAGGCCUCGGGCACACAGCCGGCGCCCAGUCACCCGGCCCAGAUGGAGGGUGGCCGGGCCCUGGGCGGGCACUUGCCAAGGUGGCUCACACUCACGCACACUCGCACCGAGACUCAAGGCCGUCUCCACAACUCCAACCAGUGCAAAUGACUUAGUGCAAAUUAAAUUCAGAAGGGACGGGGGAAACAGAGUCGUGCAGGCUUUGAAUCUCUCAGAAAAAGGAAAGACAGGAAAGCUCAGAAAACAAAGAGACAGAAGGAUGAAAAAGAAGAAGAGGGAGGUGGUGGGGACGGGGUCAUCCCACUGGAGGAGCUCAGCUCUGGGAUGA